CAAAAGCUAAAUAUUGUGUUCUUCUCAUUUUCCUCUAUCAUCUUCAUCUUCCAUGGGAGAAAAGCAAAAGCUUAAAGAGAAAGAGAAAAUCAAGAAGCAAAAACACAAACACCCAAAUGAUGAAUCUCCAAAACCCACUUCAGAUUUCACUUUUAAACCCAUUUCCGAUGUUAAAGGUCUUCGAUUCGGCGGUCAAUUCAUCGUUAAAUCCUUCACAAUCCGCCGUGCACGGCCAUUAGAACUCCUCCGUAUCCUCUCCCUUUCUCCGCCGUCAACAACAACCAAAAACUACAGUUUCACUUCAACUACAGCUUAUUUACCCACAAAUUUCACAAUCUUAGCUCAUCAUGCUUGGCAUACACUAACAUUGGGUCUCGGAACGAAGAAAUCGAAGGUGGUUUUGUUUGUUUUCGAAUCGGAGAACAUGAAAUCGGAAAUCGACCGGGUUUGGCCGGUGGAGAUUCCGUUAGGUGAAGUGAAUAAGAAGAUGAUUCGAGGUUUAACAGGUACUGAAAUGGCGAGAUUUAAGUUUAGGAAAGGAUGUAUAACUUUUUAUGUUUAUGCUGUAAGAAGAAUUGGGGAUUUAGGGUUUACUUGUGCUGAAGAUCUGAAAUUGAUUUUACAAUCGGUUGUUGCACUCAAAGAUUUCUUCGAUCAUACUGCUAUGUUAGCUAUGCCGAAUCAGAGAAGUAUCAAUUAUCCACCUGAGAUUCAACAAAUGGGAAUAGCUCAUUAG